AUGCCUCGAUGGAAAUAUGAUGUGUUUGUAAGUUUUAGAGGUGAAGAUAUUCGUAAAAGCUUCAUUGAUCAUCUUUUCAAAAAUUUUAAGCAAAACGGAAUUCAUGCUUUUAGAGAUGAUAGUGAAUUGCCUAGAGGAGAAGAAAUAUCUCCUCAACUCUAUAAAGCCAUUGAGAAUUCGAGGUUUUUGAUAGUUAUCUUCUCCAAAAAUUAUGCUUCUUCAUCAUGGUGUCUGAGGGAACUUGUGAAAAUUCUCAAUGCCAAGCAGUUGGAAAUACCAAAACAUGAAGUUCGAAUCUUAUUUUAUGAUGUUAAGCCUGAAGUGGUGAGGAAACAAACUAAGAGCUAUGCCGAAGCAUUUGACAAAUAUGAGGUAUCAAAUCGAGCAGAGGUAGAUGAAUGGAAGGAAGCUCUAACAAUGGCAGCUAGCUUAUCUGGAUGGGAUCUCAGUGACAUGACAAAUGGAUAUGAGUCCAAGUUCAUUGAUUGCAUAACCAAAGAUAUCCGGAAAACGUUAUGUUCUAUGCCCUUGCAUGUUGGUGAGAACCUAGUAGGUAUAGAUGCUCGUUUAAAUAAACUGAACUUGGUGCGCUUUAUUCGGUCAAGUAAGGUUAACAUGAUUGCAAUUUGUGGGAUUAGUGGAAUGGGAAAGACUACCCUCGCCAAAGCUAUUUAUAACGAGAUAUAUACCUACUUUGAGGGAAGUUGCUUUUGUGAGGAUGUCUCAAAGCGGCAUGACCUAACUCAAGUCCAAACGCAACUUGUUAAUAAGAUCAUGAAAAGUGAAAAUGUGAAGAUAACCAAUAAUAGUGAAGGAGUUCAGGUGAUAAAACAACGGGUAGCAUGUGAACCGAUCUUGGUUGUUUUGGAUGAUGUAGAUCAUCGUGAGCAGUUAGAAGCACUUGCAGGUUCAUGUCACUGGUUUUGCCCAGGGAGUUUGAUAGUUUUCACCGGUAAAGAUAAAUAGUUGCUAAGAUCUCAUGGAGUGGAUGAAAUCUACGAAAUGAAGUUUUUAGAUGAUUCUGAAGGAAUUAAGCUUUUUUCUUUGUACGCUUUUCGCCAAACAUAUCCUACACAUGAUUUCAACGACCUCGCCUACCAACUUGUGAAAUAUUUGCAAGGGCACCCUUUGGCGCUUAAAGUCAUUGGUAGUGCUUUAUUUGAAAAGCCCGCUCAUAUCUGGAGAAGUGAAUUGGAGACACUCCAAAUGUCUCUUAACUCAGAGAUUCAACAAAAACUGCGACCAACUUUUGAUUUGCUAGACUUUGAUCAAAAAAGAAUCUUUCUUGAUAUUGCUUGUUCCUUGAUAGGGGAAAAUAUAGAUCUUUCUGCAAGUGUACUCAGCAUUAAUUGUUCUGCGGUUGCUAAUAUUGAUGUUCUAGUCAAUAAAUCUCUAAUUGCAAUAUCACCAUAUGAUUUCUCAAUUCAUAUGCAUGAAUUGAUUCGAAACAUGGCAAGGGAAGUUCAGCGGCGUGAAGAAUCAGACAGGCCUGUCCGAUUAUGGAGUCCAUCAGAGGUUUACGCUCUACUUGGUGAAAACAAAGUAUAAGAAAUUAUAUAUUCUUCUCUUUUUAAUAUAAGCUACAUGUUUGGCUACUCAAACAGUCUAAUGAUAUUAUUACUUGUAUCCAGGUAACAAAAAUAAC